UUUUUUUCUUGUGUAAUAUUUUGGGAGAAAAUGACCCUUGCCCUCUUGACUUCCGUCAUGUGUUUCCGGUUGUUUUGAUUUUCCCGCCGUACGGGCUUUCUGUCAUCCGUUCCGGGCUGUUAUAUUUCUGUUCCUAAUGUGGUUUAAUUAAUACGUUUAAUCAAUAUGAGUUCUUCAAACAGCUACAUUAGCUCUUUGGAGCCUAAUGACCGAACCAGGUAUUUUGAGAAAUUAAUGGUAAGUGUCGAAGACGCCGGCGAUAGUUCAAACCCGGAAGUGACUGGUUCGGCGGUGACUGGUGACGGUGUACGCCUACCUGACCCAUACAGUCUGACAGGUUGGAAGGAUGAUUUGAGCCUCUGGCCAGAUACGGACUAUGGGUGCAUCUACACCUACCUAAUCGAGGCUCCAGGUCCGUUUAACGGAGAAGCCAUGAAAGCCUAUAAAUCCCUGGAGGCGUACAAUCUCUUUAUAAGUGGCCAUGUGAGGGAGUGCAGGUACCACCCUAUUGGAAAAAAUGUGAAGGUCUGCUUCCUUAAGGCCAAGGUUGUGCCAGGACAGAGAGUAACAGAGACUCCUCACAACCCAUGGGUGUGUUUGACCAAAAAAGAGGGUUAUGUCAUGGCAGCUCACUGCACUUGUAUGGCAGGGGAGGAGCGACCAUGCAGUUUGUAUGUGGCAAGAUAACUGUCUUAAUUUUUUUCCUUGGUUCAUGUUCUUGUGCUUGAUGGUUUCCAGUUGUAUUUGUACCUGUUGCAAAUGCAUUUCUUCUUGUUGAUGUUCUUGUUGCAGGUUUUACUUGUUGAUGUGUUUCGUUUUCUAGGUAAUUUGGAGUUAUCAACAGUUCCUGAGAGUGAGUAUACUAACACAUAUCAUCA